AUGGACCACAAUGACAAUGAUUUGCAAGGAACAAAUAGUUCAGGAUCAUUGGGUGGUCUUGAUGUCCGUAGAAGAAUCCCUAUAAAGCUUAUUUCAAAACAGACCAAUAAAACCAAACCUGCACCUCGAACUCCGAGAAAUAUGAACAGAAUGCCUUCAAAGACACAAGCUGGUGAUGAAGAAGAAUUUGAUUAUAACAAAGAGGAACGAUACGAAUGUAAAGGAGGUGAAAUGUUUGGCAAUCAAAGGAGAUUUCCUGGACCCAUUUUUUGGGAUUAUAAGAUAAACUUGCUGGGGGAAAAGGAUGAUACACCAGUCCAUUUCUGUGAUAAAUGUGGAUUGCCCAUCAAAAUGUAUGGACGCAUGAUACCUUGCAAGCAUGUUUUCUGCUAUGACUGUGCUAUACUACAUGAGAAAAAGGGAGACAAAAUGUGUCCAGGCUGUAACGAACCCGUGCAGCGAAUUGAGCAGUGUGUACGAGGGUCUCUGUUCAUGUGUAGCAUUGUUCAAGGAUGCAAGAGAACUUACCUGUCGCAGAGAGACUUACAAGCUCACAUCAACCACCGUCACAUGAGAGCUGGGAAGCCUGUCACUCGUCCUCCCAUUGAACCCGUACAUCCUCCUAUUGCCCCGCCGCCGGCCGAAAUUCCCGAGCGUUUCAUAAUGCCCCCUGAGAAACAUCACAUGAGCCACAUUCCGCCCAAGCAGCACAUCAUGAUGCCACCCCCUCCUCUGCAGCACGUGCCGCACGAGCAUUAUAACCAGCCCCACGAAGACAUCCGUGCUCCUCCUGCCGAGAUGUCCAUGGCCCCGCCGCCGCCCCGCCCGGUCAGUCAGGACACCUUCCGCAUCUCAACGAGGAAACACAGCAACUUGAUAACCGUCCCCAUCCAGGAUGAUUCCAACUCAGGUGCUCGAGAACCGCCUCCGCCAGCGCCCGCACCUGCUCACCAUCAUCCUGAGUACCAGGGGCAGCCAGUGGUGUCGCACCCUCAUCACAUUAUGCCUCCCCAGCAGCACUAUGCGCCGCCGCCGCCGCCUCCGCCGCCCAUCAGCCACCCGCUGCAGCACCCUCCGCAGGCCGCGGGCACCCCUCACAUGGUGUACAGCCAGGCUCCUCCGCCUCCAAUGACCUCUGCCCCGCCUCCCAUCACCCCGCCUCCCGGACACAUCAUUGCCCAGAUGCCGCCCUACAUGAACCAUCCUCCUCCGGGACCUCCUCCUCAGCACGGAGGCCCACCUGUAAAUGUAAACGCACCCCCUCCCCAUCACUAUAAUCCCAACUCUUUGCCACAGUUCAGUGAAGAUCAAGGAACUCUUAGUCCCCCUUUCACACAGCCUGGGGGAAUGAGUCCCGGGAUAUGGCCAGCUCCUAGGGGGCCGCCUCCACCUCCAAGGAUGCAAGGGCCUCCUGCUCAGGCCCCACUUCCUGGACCACAUCACCCUGAUCAAGCCAGAUACAGACCCUAUUACCAAUGAUACAAGCAACUGUAUGAAUAGAGAAUGCCGUGAAGAGGAUAGAACUAAAUACAGAAGCCUUUUAAUUAAUUGUUUUGGGGUUAUUUUGUUGUGGUUUUUUUAAGAAUACUGUCAUUUUGACUGUAAGACGUUUUGAGGUUUGAAUCUUAAAUGAUUUUUAAGCCUUGGCCGUAGGACUCUUAACUUCAAAUACUCUGUAGUGCUAAAAUAAGUGGCUUAGUAGACCACAGUUGCAUUUUAACAGAACUUCUGUCGCUAGUGUGGCUAAAUUGUCCUAAGAUGAUCACUUGUAAUAUUAUUUCCUGGAGAAGAUGAACACGUGUUGUACCAUUCUGAAUAUUGUUUUUGUUAAAUGCAGUGUUUUUGUUAACCUGUGUACAAUAAUUAAAUUGAAAUAUGGUUGUAAAUGUGGUGAGUUUUUAUAUUAAGUUAACGUACACAUAGUUCUGGGACAACAUUUCAACACAUAUGCAUACCUUCCAAACAGCAGUGUAGUGAAAUUUUAAAGGAAUUUAAUACUUUAAUAUUUCUCCUCCUGCCAUUUGUCAUUACUCAUAAGCAUUUCAGGCUGUAAUGAAUUGUUGGCACUAGAAAUCAGACAUUAUCAGACAGAAUUCUGCAUUUACCACAUUCCAGCUUUUCUGUUUUUUUCUUUAUGCAUCAAAAUGAAUCUAUCAAAGAUACAGCUUUGGGCAUGACCUGAAACCAUGUACCAUGGGGGUUUGUUUGUUUUUUGGUUGGUUGGUUGGUAUUUGUGGGGGGGUUUUUUGGGCUUUUGGAGUUUGUUUUAAAGCUAGUUUUGAUUCAGAAGGUUCUGUUGACAUGUAAGCUACUCAAUGGAGUUGAAUUCAAACUACUGUGUUUACCUAUGGCUGUGUUUGUGUGGAAGUGGCUGUGAACUGGCUUGCCAUGUCCAUGAAAGCAGCUUCUUCUAGGUGGGGAAGUCACCUUUUCCUCUCUGGCUUUAUAUGAUGUGUAUAGUAGGA